CAGUACUUGACGUCCUUUUGCGCGGACUGCCUGCCUGAGGUCGCAGCUUCCUGCUGCCUGGAUUCGCGGAUUCGCAGCGUGGCUGUAGUACCUAACUUUGAGCUUGAUCAAACCUCGCCCGCCCGAACUCUCACUGCCAUAUUUCUUUUACCACCAACCUACUUUACCAUACUCACCACCGCCACCAAUACCUGUCACCUUCGCUGGCUGUGCCCACGCUGUUUCCUGGUGUCGGGGCUUCACUGCCGCCAGUCGCCAUCUCUUCAUCUCUUAUUCUCCCAGUCCUGUCCUGGCCUCACAAGGGCGGCUGACGGAACACGGCCUCAACCCCACCUUUGACCUCGCCUCUCCGCCAAACCAUCCGGAACUACCUACCCCAUCCUCCCCCGCGAUAACCGCUUGCCCGGGCACCUCGACCCCGCGACGCUCUCGGCUCCCUUGAAUGGGUGCGUCUGCAUUCUAGGUCUUGCCGUCCCGACCACAAGAUGGCCUCAUCGGACAGCGACUUGAUGGUCACCUUGACCGAUACCAGCAAGUCCGCUACCAACACACAGCGGCUCAUCCGAGUCACAAGGCAAAACCCUAUAAUCCGAUUCGGGCGAGCCUCCAAGACGCAGGCGAAAGGCCGUGUGGCCGCAGAUAACAAUGCGCUCUAUGACUCGCCCGUAAUGAGCCGCGAACAUGCGGAGCUCAUUGCCGACGUCGACGCCAAGACUCUGGCAGUCCUUGACGUCGGUUCGACGCACGGCACCUUCCUGAACGGGUCCGACCAUCCAAUCACUAAAAACACCGAGCACGCGGUGAAAACGGGAGAUAAACUCCGGUUUGGCAUCGCAAUCAACCGAGACCGCGAUGCCUUUACCCCGAUUACCGUGGAGCUCGGAUACGAGUUUACGAGCCGAUGCGGACCGGUAACUUUCCAGGUCCCAGAUGAUUCAGCAGACGAGGACGCCCAGGCCGAUCAUGUCGACUUGACGCAGGGGGAGGACGCCGACAUCGUCGACUUGACAUCGGAAGCGGCGUGCUCUCCCAGCUUGUCGAAACACAUCGAUCUGACUUCGGAGGCUGCCCCAUCUCCUAGCCGGGAGAGAUUUGCGGCGCCCUCUGAGAGCACGGACGACCAGGUCAGCGGUUUCACCUCUGGUCUCGAAACUCGGCCGAGCGUCAUCGAGGGUGCUCUCAAUGGCGAAAUUGGCUCUGCCGUUUCUAAUACCAUAUCCCCGGCCCACGAGGAAAUUGGUUGUCCUACUGUGCUGAGCGACGAGGAGGCGGAUGCAGUCUACGGAGAGGUCGGAAAGCAGACGGGCGAAUACUCUGGCUUUGAUUCGGAGCUGGAAAUAGACACCGACAUGGAUGCCGACAUGGAAGUCGACAUGGAAGCCGAAAUGGAAGCCGAAAUGGAUUCUGAAAUGGCCUCGUCGGAUGACGAGGACUACUCGGACCAGGAGUCGAGCGAGGACGAUUCUGGAUCAGAAAUUCAUGACUUGUAUGCAUGGGACUCCGACUCAGACAACGACAACUCCGAAUCCGUCGAAGACAUGAUUGGCGUUGGCGUCUGGCCCUACUCCCCUCUAUUCCAGACAACCUCCUCCAAUUCCCUGGCUGUUGAGACACGUCGUCCAGCGGCCACUCCCUUCCAGGUCGAGCCACCUUACGUGGAGGUUAAUAUCCCAUCUGCGAUCACGCUGAGGGCGCCGUCCCCGUCGGAUGCGGCUCUCAUUCGCAGGCCCAUGGUGGCGCCGGCACCAGCUCUAGCGCCGGUUACAGCACCGGCCCCUGUACCGGCGCCGGUGCACACGCAUGAAGAGUUCCUUGCUGCUCGACAGGACAACAAGGAGAAACUCAUCAACACAAACCGGCAAAUCCCGGGCCCCAUAAUCAGCCAGUCGCUCGUCGGCCAACUGGAGCCCCUUCCCUUGCUGACACAACCAACCGGGCCUUUCAGUGCCCUUCUCAACGACGAGAGCGUUAACAGCGCUUUCACCUACGAGAAGAAAAAGCAGGACGUCUCUGCAACAGGGCUCAAAGAACAACCAAGGGUGUCUGCAAAACGCAAGGCCGCCGAGAUAUCGGAGGCGUCUGACAAGGAGCUUGGCGAGAUGGGGUGCGGAGGUCCCAAAGACCAUCAGGAUAGCCACUCGGCUCAAGCCAACCCUGCGCCGCCACAAGCCCCGUCGCUCGACCAAGCCCUUGCCCUGCCCGUCCUUGAACAGAGCAACGUGAGCCUGGAUGAACCGAGGCCCAUCAAGAGGCUACGCAGAUUCGCCAGCAGUGUGGGUAUUGCCGCCAUUGGUGGCAUUACUGUUGGCGCCGUCGUUUUCGGCAGCCUGGCAGCUACGUGCCCCGCGUUCUGAAGCACGAAGAGCUGGUGUCAUUUUUCAUUCCGUUUUCACACGGCCUGAAUGACCUUACCUUUGCAUUUAUCGUAUCAUGUUGUUCCGGCGAGCUCUGCCUUGUCACGUUAACCUGGCAGAGCUUUCAUCAGACGGGACGAGUCGCCCUCGUGAUCCAACGGGAGCUUCUCUCCGGAACAGGCGGGCGUUAUUUCGAUGGAUAAGGACACAACAAGAAGUGCGGCGAGAUUGCACUGCUUUUCACUUUCCUUCCCUCUGUACUAUGCUGCUACGCGCUUUUUUCUCGCUGUGGGUUUGUUGUGCGUUGUCAAGUUCGCGUUGCGUUGGUGUUUUUGAUGGAUGGAAUUGUGGAAAUCCAGGGUGACGACAGGGUUUCGGACUUCACUUUGCCAUGGAGGUGCGAUGUUCGGUGGAGUAUGGAGUACAUGGAGAAUGAAUCAUGACUUACCUUAGGCAGACAAUACUUCUUUCAAUGCGAUCUAUUAUGUUUGUAAGGUGGCACGAAGGACCAAGGUGCUU